AUGACUUCUAAGAUCGCCAUCCAACCACCACCGCUUUCUCCACCGUCCUCCGACUCCGAUUCUGAUUCCGGCGACACCUCCCACCGCCACCAACAUACGGACCUUUCCUCUACUAUCUUCAAAUCCUACCUCGAACUCACCGGCUACCAAUCUUCCCCUCAACAUCACGAUCUCAUCAAGAUCCAGUCUUUCCUCACCUCCUCCCGCUCCGGCGCUCUCUCUUGUCUUAUUUGCCUCGAACGAAUCAAACCCACCGAUCCCACCUGGUCCUGCUCCUCCCGUUGUUAUGCUGUCUUCCACCUGCUCUGUAUCCAGUCAUGGGCCCUCCAGUGCACCAACCUCGCAGCUGCACGCGCCGCCUCACGCGCAGCCUCCAUUAAUGACGAUUCACUGCAAUGGCAUUGUCCCAAGUGUCGAAUCGAGUAUCCCAAAUCCCAAACACCCAAGUAUUAUUACUGCUUUUGCGGAAAAGUUGACAACCCACCUCAUGAUCCUUGGGUUUUACCUCAUUCUUGCGGUGAAAUUUGUGGGAGGCCGUUGUUACACAAUUGCGGACACCAAUGCCUGUUGUUGUGCCAUCCGGGACCGUGUCCCUCAUGCCCUAAAUUGGUGAAAACCAAAUGUUAUUGUGGAGCUACAGAGGAUGUGAGGCGGUGUGGAUUUAAAGACUUUUCUUGUAAUGGUAUUUGUAGAAAGACUCUAUCUUGUGGAACUCAUAAGUGUGGCGAAAUUUGUCAUGAUGGUGAUUGCUCAAUGUGCCGCCGAAAAGGGGUUUAUAAGUGCCAAUGCGGGAAAGUGGAAUUGGAAAGAGAGUGUUAUGAGAGGAUCUUUAGGUGUGAAAAUCCAUGUAAGAAGUUGCUUAGUUGCGGAAGGCAUGUAUGCGAGAGAGGUUGUCAUAAGGAUCAAUGUGGAGAGUGCCCUCUACAGGGCAGGAGGACUUGUCCUUGCGGGAAGAAAGUUUACGAAGGAAUAGCUUGUGAUGCUGUUGUGCCUUUGUGUGGAGGAACUUGUGACAAAUUGUUGAAUUGUGGCAUUCAUAGGUGCCCAGAGAGAUGUCACAAGGGUCGUUGUGAUGAGACUUGCAGAUUAAUGGUGACAAAAUCUUGCCGAUGUGGGAGCUUAAGAAAACAGGUUCCUUGUUAUCAAGAUUUAACUUGCGAAAGGAAGUGCCAACAACUUAGGGACUGUGGGAGACAUGCUUGCAAGCGUCGCUGUUGCGAUGGAGACUGUCCACCUUGUUCUGAGAUUUGUGACAGGAGGCUUCGAUGUAGGAACCACAAAUGCCCUGCACCAUGUCACAGAGGUCCGUGUGCUCCUUGUCCUAUAAUGGUGACAAUUUCAUGUUCAUGCGGUGAAACACAUUUUGAGGUUCCUUGUGGCACAGAAAGCCAGCAAAAACCUCCUAAAUGUCGCAAGCCGUGUCGCGUAGCCCCUUUGUGCAGGCAUGCAUCAAACCUCAAGUCACACAGGUGUCAUUAUGGAGCUUGCCCACCUUGUCGUUUAAUUUGCGAUGAAGAUUACCCUUGUGGCCACAAAUGCAACUUAAAGUGCCAUGGCCCCAGACCUCCUGCUCUUCCAGAAUUUACAUUGAAGCCAAAGAAAAAGAAGUUAAAUCGUGAAGCUGAAUAUACACCGGGUUCAUCGUGCCCUCCUUGUCCAGAACUUGUAUGGAGGUCAUGUGUCGGUCAUCAUGUUGGAGCAGAGAGGAUGAUGAUCUGCUCAAAACCUGCUGAAUUUUCAUGCGAGAAUUUAUGUGGUAAUCCUCUUCCUUGUGGCAAUCAUUAUUGCACAAAAGUCUGCCAUGCUUUGAAGGGUGGUUCAAAAUCACAUGGGCGUGGGCUGGGUGAGUCCUGCGAAGAGUGUAAUCUUCCUUGCCAGAAGGAUAGGAGCCCUCAUUGUGUCCAUUCUUGCCCCUUAGCAUGUCAUCCUGGAGAUUGCCCUCCUUGUAAAUCGCUAAUUAAGCGCUCAUGUCACUGCGGUUCUAUGGUUCAUGCUUUUGAGUGCCUAUAUUAUAAUAGCUUGACAGAUAAGGAGCAAAUGACUGUUCGUUCAUGUGGAGGUCCAUGUCACCGGAAGUUGCCAUAUUGUACACAUCUAUGUCCACAGACGUGUCAUCCUGGUGAAUGCCCAUCAGCUGACAAGUGCUUAAAGAAGGUGGUUGUUCGUUGUGGAUGCCAGACCUUGAAAAAGGAGUGGGUGUGCCAAGAUGUGCAAGUGGCCUAUAGAAAUGCUGGUUCUGAUCCCCAAGAUGUACCCAAAAGUCGAUUUGGAAUUGGUCUUCUUCAAUGUGGUUCAGAAUGCCUGAGUAAAGUGAAGAGUAGCGAUACUGAGUUACAACAUCGUAAACCCAAAGUGACAGAGACGAAGGAAUCAGAAGUUGAGAAAUCUUUAGGAAAGCGUAGAAGACGGCGCGAGCGGCUACAGGAAGACAAGAAACCCUCGAAACUGCAGUCUAUUGUAGCUGCGGUAAAGAAGGUGCUAUUGAUUGUCAUCAUAUUAUUGAGCCUGAUUGCAUUAGCAUAUUUCGGCUACAAUGGCCUCCUGUGGCUCUCGGAUUGGAUGAAUGAAAGGGAAAUACAACGCCAAAGGAGACGACAACCCCGGAUUUAG